AUGGAACGUGGAGAGAUUAAAGACGGGCAUUAUUACUUCAAAGUCCAAAAUGCAAUGAGUGGGUGGGGGGACCAAGACACCAACAACUUCAUUCGUUCCCAUACCACUUAUGACUCUAUUAAACGUCGUUGCGAUUCCCAUCCGGACGAUGAGUUCUUUGGAUAUCGAGUACGGAAAGGUGGGCAUGGAAUAGGGGAAUACAUCUGGGUGAAGAACAAAGAAGUCCUUGAAUUGGUCGAUGCGUUUGCGGCGACCCUUAUCCACACAUUGAAACUGAAGAAAGGGGACUCGUUGGGAUUUAUCAGUCGAAACCGGUACGAGUGGUAUGUCUCACAAUUCGCAGCGCAGAAAUAUGGGAUCAUCCCCGUGCCACUCUACGCAACACUUGGAGAACAAGCAAUAGACUACAUCGUCGAUUUGAUGCAAAUCAAACACGUCGUGUGUUCACUCGAUAAGACUGUUGCCGGAUUGGAGAAAAGAAAGAAUUUCAUCCAAUUCAUUAUCUUCGAUCAUGAAAAGGUCGAUGGCGUCGAAGUUCCAAAUAAUUCCGUCUAUUUCGAAGAUUUGUUGAAUGAAGGAAGAAGUCUUCACUGCGACGCAGAAAGACCUAAUAUGGACGAUUUAGCUUUGUGUAUUUUUACUUCAGGAACGUCUGGAAAACCAAAAGGUGUGAUGCACACCUUCUCAACCUUUGCACAUGGGAUUACUAGCAUUAAUGAAUGUAAUAUAUUCACACAAUCGCCGAGUAGAAAUGAAACAAUUUUCAGUUAUUUACCUUGCGCUCAUAUAUUGGAACAACAGACGAGUCAAGGAUUUAUGUUUGGCGGUGGACGUGUUGGGUUCAUAUCUGGUGGCAUAGCAUCACUUUCGGACGACUUGUUCCACUGUAAACCAACAUACCUAGCUGUUGUUCCUCGUGUCCUCCAACGUAUUUAUGACACAUUCAAUCACAAAUUCAAUGAAAUGGGGUGUUUGGCGCAGACUUUAUUCAAUGUCGCCUAUUACUUCAAACGUGAAUCAUUAGUCAAUGGCAACUACAAUUACUUGAACUUCGACUUUAUCUUCUCCAAAGUACGCGAUGGCUUUGGUGGGAAACUUCGGUUCAUAUUCAAUGGUGGUGCUCCCAUAACACCAGCGUUAUUCGAGUGGCUUCGUGUCUGCACUGGUGCUCACAUCAUGCAAUCAUAUGGAUUAACCGAAUCGUGUGGUGGGUGCACGUCCUGUUUACCAAAUAUGAACGACCCAAAUGUUAUUUCUUGUGGUUCUCCGUGUGACAGAGUAUCUCUUCGUCUCACUAGUGUUCCUGAAAUGGAGUAUUUUAUUGAUUCGGUGAUUCCAUGUGGUGAAGUUGAGUUGAAAGGUGGUCCCAUUUUCAAAGGGUAUUUCCACAACCCCACCGAGACGGAAAACGCAUUCACUGAAGACGGGUAUUUCAAGACGGGGGAUAUCGGGAGUGUUGCUAAAGAUGGUGCAGUGACUAUCAUCGAUCGUAAAAAGAACUUAUUCAAAUUGUCGCAAGGAGAAUAUAUCGCGGUCGAACCACUCGAAGGGAAAUAUGACGCGUGUGAGUUCGUCGGCCAGAGUUUCAUCUAUGGAGAGAGCACAGACUCUUUCAUCGUCGGUGUCAUCGUACCCAAUUUCAGGAAUGUCCAAAAUUGGUUGAAACAAGAAGGCAAAGAUGUCAAAGACAAUAAAGAGAUAUGUCAGUUGAUCAAUGGGGAAUUCAAAGAUCGGCUCUUGGAAAAGAUCCACGCAUUCAUGAAGGAAAUGAAGGUACCUGGCUACGAACUCAUUCGAAACGUAUACUUCGUCGACGAGGAAUUCUCAACAGAAAAUGAUUUGAUUACUCCUUCCUUUAAAUUGAAGAGAAUGAACUUGAAGAAGAAAUUCAUGAACAAACUCACUGAGCUCAGAAAACAGGCUGGUGCGUUUUAA